AUGACCGACGUCGAGCAUCAAGAAACUGCCACCGGAGAUCCUGUCACCAGGAGAUCCUCCGUCAAUGGCAGUUCCAGUCUUUCUGACAACCAAGUCGACCUCGCCCACGAAAUCGAGAAGAAAGACUCCGUUCGCUCUGACGGCAAGCGCGAACUAACGGAAAAGGACUGCUAUGAAGUCCUGGCUUACUCAUGGCCGCGAUGGAAGAAAUGGACAUACCUUGUGGCCGUUGCAUUCGUGCAGGUGUCCAUGAACUUCAACACAUCGGUUUUCCCCAAUGCGGUUAAACCUUUGUCGAAGGCCUUUGAGAUCGGCCAGCAGGAGGCGCGUACUGGACAGAUGAUCUAUCUUGUCCUCUACUCAUUCGGGUGUGAGCUGUGGGCUCCCUGGUCCGAGGAGUUUGGUCGCUGGCCCAUCCUCCAGCUCUCCAUGUUCCUGAUCAACAUCUGGCAAAUCCCUUGCGCAGUCGCACCUAACUGGGGGACUAUUGUCGUUUGCCGUGGUCUGGGUGGUCUUUCAACCGCCGGUGGCAGUGUGACCCUUGGUCUUAUUGCCGAUGUCUACGAGCGUGAAGACCAGCAAUUCCCCCUCGCAUUCAUCGUCCUGUCUUCGUGCAUUGGUACUAGUAUCGGUGGUGUCAUUGGUGGUCCCAUUGAGCGCUUCCUCGAUUGGCAAUGGUUCUUCUGGAUCCAGCUUAUCUUCGGAGCUGUGACUCAGGCAAUCAUAUUCUUCAUGCCCGAAUCCCGGUCGACCAUCAUCAUGGACAAGGAAGCCAAGCGUCGUCGCAAGACUGGUGAAGACCCGAACAUCUACGGCCCCAACGAAUUGAAGAACCCUCGUAUCUCUUUCAAAGAGGCUCUCAAGAUUUGGGCGCGUCCCUUCCACAUGCUGUUGCGUGAGCCCAUCGUCUUCUGUCUGUCGCUCCUGUCUGGAUUCUCUGAUGCGCUCAUCUUCACGUUCCUCGAGAGUUUCUCGACUGUGUAUGAGCAGGGCUGGGGCUUCGGUAUUUUGGCUCAAGCUUGGGCAGUCAUCCCUAUCAACCUGGCUUAUUUCCUUACCUACUUCUCGUACUUCCCAUGGUUCUGGCGUGAUGAGCAUCUUGCCAAGAAGUAUGGAGCUGACUUUGCGCCCGCCGAAAGAAGAUUGAAAUGGCUCCUUUGGCUCGCACCUUUUGAACCUAUUGGACUGUUUGGUUUCGCUUGGACAUCAUUCGGACAAGCGAGAGGCAUCCCUUGGAUCGCAUCUAUGAUCUUCUCCACCAUGGUCGGAAUCGCCAACUACGCUAUUUACCUGUCCUCUGUCGACUAUAUGAUCGCGGCCUAUGGUGUCUACUCGGCUUCCGCUUGUGGUGGUAAUGCAUUCGCCCGUGAUUUGCUCGCUGGUAUCUCAGCAAUGUACGCCUUCCCGAUGUACGAAAACAUCGGCGACAAGUGGCACGUCGAGUACGCUUCCACUGUUCUGGCCUGUCUGUCCUGUCUGGUCGUGCUUCCUAUUUACCUAUUCUACUGGAAGGGCCCCCAGAUCCGUGCGAGGUCCAAGUUUGCCCAGUCACUUGUUGCCGAGCGGGCUGAUAACAAUGGCCGCCGUGUGAGCAAGCCGAAGAUUGAACCUUAA